AUGAAAAUGGUGAAACCUUGUUGGAAACCAAUUGUGGAGGGUGAUGGACUAAGCCGGGUUGGGGAUAGUUGUCGUCGAGGAGGAGAUCCAAAUGGCAAGUUUGAUGGGUUGUUGUGGUAUAAGGACCUGGGACCCCAUGUAAAUGGAGAAUUUUCCAUGGCAGUAGUUCAAGCUAAUAGUUUGUUGGAGGAUCAAAGCCAACUUGAAUCAGGGCCGUUGAGUUCACUAGAUUCAGGUCCUUAUGGUACGUUCAUUGGGGUCUACGAUGGACAUGGAGGACCAGAGACAUCGCGGUUUCUGAAUGAAAAUCUGUUCCCCAAUCUCAAAAAAUUCGCCUCUGAGCAUCAAGAGAUAUCUGCAACUGUCAUAAAAAAGGCUUUCUUGGCAACUGAAGAGGACUUUCUCUAUGUUGUAAGGGAGCAGUGGCUUACUAAGCCGCAAAUUGCAUCAGUGGGAUCAUGUUGUUUGGUGGGAGUGAUAUGCAAUGGACUCCUCUAUGUUGCAAAUGUUGGAGACUCCCGUGUGGUGUUAGGGAGAGCGGAGAAUGCUGUUAGAGGAGUCACAGCCAUUCAGUUAUCAACAGAGCACAAUGCAAGUAUUGAAUCUGUAAGGGACGAGCUUCGUUCAUUGCAUCCCCACGAUUCACAAAUAGUGGUUUUAAGACACAAGGUUUGGCGUGUGAAGGGUCUCAUUCAGGUUUCAAGAUCCAUUGGUGAUGCAUACUUGAAGAAGUCAGAGUUUAACAAAGAACCUUUAUUGGCAAAAUUUAGACUGCCUGAACCCUUCCACAAGCCAAUCCUUAGUCCAGAACCAUCAAUAUGUAUACAUAAACUAAACCCCAAGGAUCAGUUUCUCAUAUUUGCAUCUGAUGGUCUAUGGGAGCAUCUUAGCAACCAGGAGGCCGUCGAUAUUGUCCACAGUUACCCUCGUAAUGGAAUAGCUAAGAGACUGAUUAAAGCAGCGCUUCGGGUAGCAGCCAAAAAAAGAGAGAUGAGAUACUCGGACCUGAAGAAAAUUGAUCGAGGGGUGAGAAGACAUUUCCACGAUGACAUCACAGUUGUAGUUGUAUUUCUCGACCCCCCUUUGAUGAAUAGGAGCUCUAGUCGCAGUUCCACAUUUUCAUUAAGAGGAGGUGGAGGAGUACCCACCCCUGCUAAGGUCUCAGAAGGUAAAUCUAAACUAACUGCAUCUUGGACGGAAGAGCAUCUCCAUCACCAAAAAUCCCAUGCUGUGGCACACAGAAUCAAUGAAGAGAAACAUAUCCAGAAAUCCAAGUUAGAAAGCAGAUAUGGGGAUAACACCACUGGGGACCGCAAAUUGUUAGUAAACGCAGUUCUCCCAGGAAUAGCUAAGAGACUGAUUAAAGCAGCGCUUCGGGUAGCAGCCAAAAAAAGAGAGAUGAGAUACUCGGACCUGAAGAAAAUUGAUCGAGGGGUGAGAAGACAUUUCCACGAUGACAUCACAGUUGUAGUUGUAUUUCUCGACCCCCCUUUGAUGAAUAGGAGCUCUAGUCGCAGUUCCACAUUUUCAUUAAGAGGAGGUGGAGGAGUACCCACCCCUGCUAAGGGAAUAGCUAAGAGACUGAUUAAAGCAGCGCUUCGGGUAGCAGCCAAAAAAAGAGAGAUGAGAUACUCGGACCUGAAGAAAAUUGAUCGAGGGGUGAGAAGACAUUUCCACGAUGACAUCACAGUUGUAGUUGUAUUUCUCGACCCCCCUUUGAUGAAUAGGAGCUCUAGUCGCAGUUCCACAUUUUCAUUAAGAGGAGGUGGAGGAGUACCCACCCCUGCUAAGGUCUCAGAAGGUAAAUCUAAACUAACUGCAUCUUGGACGGAAGAGCAUCUCCAUCACCAAAAAUCCCAUGCUGUGGCACACAGAAUCAAUGAAGAGAAACACAUCCAGCAAUCCAAGUUAGAAAGCAGAUAUGGGGAUAACACCACUGGGGACCGCAAAUUGUUAGUAAACGCAGUUCUCCCAGUAUUUUUUGAUAUUAUCCCAACAGAUUCUCAAACUCAAAAUUAUCCAACUGCUACAUAG